GUUGUCAUUCGCUAGAACACGUCGAACAAAUUCUUCAAUCGUCGGAUCUACUGCGAAACACCGAAGACCUACUUCUGCUGCUCUCUCCGACUCACUCCCAAUAACUCCUCCUUCGCAGGGCUUUGUCUCUGUAUCAUCGACGAUCUGUUAAUUUUUCUCGAGAUGGAUUGGCAAGGGCAGAAGCUAUCGGAGCAGCUGAUGCAGAUUAUUCUGUUGACGUUCGCGGUAGUGGCUUUUGUGACGGGUUUCGUGACCGGAUCGUUUCAAAUGAUGAUCCUAAUAUACGCUGGUGGUGUGGUGCUCACCACAUUGAUUACGGUCCCCAAUUGGCCUUUCUUCAAUCGCCACCCACUCAAUUGGUUGGACUCCAGUGAGGCUGAGAAGCAUCCCAAGCCGCAGAAAGGUGUGAGUGCAAAGAAGAAAUCUGCUAAGAAAUAGGUCAAUUUUUUGAUUGAUCUUAGUAUUAGCUCUUUCUAGGUUUACAAUCUGUGCUAAUAGUGAUAUUCCUGCGAGAACUCAGUGGAUGGAUAUUAACAAUUUGCUUGUUUUCCUUAUACUCUGAACAUUUAAACUAUGAUUAUCGCCAAGAAAUUCUGGGUUUUUAAUCUGUUAUUUUUCCAUUUGUUCUUUU